ACCAUAAUUAAGUCUUGCCACGCGCAACAGGGAAGCUUAAACGCGCCACUACUUUCGAGCCGCCCAGAGCAGGUGUGUCCAAAGUCCUUUUAUUACCCUCGACCUCGAAGCUUGGCUGGAGCUGUCUGAAGCUGGGUUUGAGGGCGGACCCCUCUAUCAACUUGGAAAUGGGGAGAUUCCAAGCGACCCCAGUUCAGGCAACAAAAAUCAGCCGGAAAUUGACGAGGUUAUAGUAGGAAACGAGUAUCGUCUAUUCCGUAACCACCUAGCCCUGUCCAAGCGACAUAUAAGGAUUGCAUCCAUACCCCUCACCCCCCUUUUACUAACCAUCGAAGCAUACCACUUUUUAGAAACCUUCUCCUUCACCUAUUGCUGAUCUUACUGCGUCCGAAAAUGAUGCGCCACCUGACUUCCGCCCUCUUACUGGGCUCCACGGCCUAUGCGUUACCGUUCGCCGAACUUUACCAGCGCCAGAACACCACUGACUGCUCGCUCAAGGACACCUACCCAGCUGUGAACUAUGCCAAGCUUCCAGAUCCAUUCACCUUCGAGGACGGAAAGAAGGUCGCGAGCAAGGCCGACUGGGACUGCCGCCAGCAAGAGAUCAGCAAGCUUCUUCAACAGUACGAGUUAGGCGCCUACCCUCCGCCCCCCGACAAAGUGGAGGCAUCGCUGUCGGGUACCACUCUAGCAGUCAAGGUCACUGUCGGCUCAAAGUCCGUUACGAUCAACGCUUCGAUCCGCAAGCCUAGCACUAGCCCGGGACCUGCUAUCGUCACCAUUGGAGGCUCUUCGCUUCCGAUUCCGGGUACGGUGGGAACGGUCGGCUUCAACAACGACCAGUUCGCCUCGCAGGCUUCCGGGAGCUCCCGAGGCCAGGGCGCGUUCUACACCCUCUUCGGCAACACCCACUCCGCCGGCGCCCUAACCGCGUGGGCCUGGGGUGUCGACCGUGUUAUCGACGGUCUCGAGCAGGUCGGCGCCGAGGCGUCCGGCAUCGACCCCAAGAGGCUCGGAACUACCGGAUGCUCUCGUAAUGGAAAGGGCGCUUUCGUCGUCGGCGCCCUCGCUAACCGAAUCGCGCUCACCCUCCCCCAGGAGUCCGGGUCUGGUGGUGCUGCCUGCUGGCGUAUUUCCGACGACGAGCACAGCAAGGGUAAGAACAUCCAAACCGCCGGCGAGAUCGUCGGAGAGAACGUGUGGUUCAGCAAGAACCUCGACGCCUACACGUCUAAGACCAGCACCAUGCCCGAGGACCAUCACAUGUUGGCUGCUCUCGUCGCACCACGUGGUCUACUAUCGUUCGAGAAUGACAUCGACUGGCUGGGCCCCGUCAGCACGACUGGCUGCAUGAAGGCUGGACGUCUCAUCUACAAGGGCCUCGGCGUACCUACCAACAUGGGCUUCUCCCUCGUCGGAGGCCACGGUCACUGUCAAUUCCCAUCUUCGCAGCAGUCCGAGCUCACCGCCUACAUCAAUUACUUCCUCCUCGCUGGCACGACGGCGCCUCCCGAGGUCGAGAAGAGCAGCGCAAGCGUAACUAUCGCCGACUGGGCUCCUUGGGAGAUCCCAAGUCUCGCUUAAGCGGAGGAAAUAUAAGGAAUUGGGAAACUGCGAAGAAUGCUCCUGUAUAUAGAUGUAUUCUACACUGCUCAAUAUCAAGUCUGGUAGUUGAAGGGGA